GCUGUUUCGUAUCAUUCAUUCCACAGUGUUCCGAAUUAUCGCGAUGUCCCGAAGACGUGCUUCCGACUUUGCUCACAACUUCCUUCGAUCAAUUAUCUAUCGUUUUCGAAAAGAUACCAAGCGCUCUCUGUCUACGGGAGAUCUAGCGGACAACUAUAUGAUGAUGGAUUUCUCACAGCCAACUACGAGUGGCCUUCCUGCUCAUUUUGACGAUUGCGACCGAGUACCAAUGGUCUUCUCGGAUUCUAUACACCCUCACCUUCUGUCGCAACAUGAUCGCUGUGCACAGCGAAUGAUUCGCCGCGGGAGUGAAGCGGAUUGUGAUUUCGUUUCCACAGCCGAUUAUAAUCGUGCACAAGUAUGGUUCUAUCAAGGCAUGGACCUCAGCAAAGCUGAACGAUUACUGCAGAGCUCUGGCUGCGAAGAUGGCUCGUUCGUGAUCUCACAACAGUCGCUCCAGUACGUUUUAUCUUUCGUACACAGUGGAUCAGUGCAUCAUCUCCGCAUUGGAUAUUCAGUGGGAGGGUCAGGAGAAGCCAAAUUUCGAUUAGACAUAGACCGCAGCUUCAAAAAUCUUCACGAUCUGGUCACCUACUACAGCAAACACAGGUCUUUCAUACUUCCUAUGAAACUGAAACACGGUGUCGAGAGGCCGCUUCACUUAUUGAACGAACGGAUGCGCGCGUAAUAAGAUGUCUUUCAUAUAGAUACAUAGUGUGCGAGUUCCAGCAGCUGAAUGCAAUAGGCUUGUUGUGAUACACCUGUAGACGAACUCGAUCACCUCUAGGCUUUGUGAAUCUCUGAAAGACGUGUUUUUGAACUUCUGUGUCUAUUAUCGCUCAUUCUCAUCACAGGAGAUUGAUGUGCUGCCUAUUUAUUUUGAUUUUGUAUGUACAUUUGAAUAUUAUGCCAGUAUUAUUGAUCUGUAACUUAUUCUGUUUCACAACAUAUAAUAUAUACGAAAGUCAUCAAUAAGAUAAUCAAGAAUAAAGUAAACGUCUUGCUCGCA